GCGCGUCAGCAGCAGGCGGAGGCAGAGGCCAGAGAGAAGAGGGAGCGAGCUCAGCUGCAGAAGCAGGUGGACGCGCUCAUGCUGCUGGCGCGCCUGAGGGAGCUGCGGCGCCUGCGAGGGCUGCGCGCUCGCAGACACGGGCGGGUGGUGGAGGGCGACGAGGAUGCGUUCAUGCGUGCUGAGCAAUCAGCAGAGGAAGCAAGAGCCUCUGUGGGUGGUAGCAGUGGGGAUGGGAGAGAUGCGGGAGGCAUGGAGGCAUGCCAGGGCCAGAGCCACAGGGGCGACCGUGGAAGCAGGGAGAGGGGAGCACAGUCAGCGAGGGCAGGGGAGAGCGGGGGGAAAGAGGGCCUGCCCUCGUGUGACGGCUUGCCUGUGCUUUCCUCUGCUGCCGCUCACCACCUGUCCCUGCAUGGCCUCGCAGCAGUGCGGCGCCAGUGGGACGCCUUCCUGCUGCCCCUGCCUUGCUCUGCCCCAACCCCUCACCCCCAAGUACCCCGGCGCCCUCUAGGCGCUCUCGUCCCUUCCACCUCUCACACCCCUCACACCCGUCAGCUCCUCGCAGCAACCUCCUUCAUGCGUGAAGGUCUGCUUCCUUUCUCUGCACCUGCUGCUCCCGCUGCUGGCUCCGCUCCAGUUGCUGCUGCAUCGCUGCCCUCAGGCGCGCAUGCCGCAGGUGCGCAUGCCCCAAGCGCGCAUGCCCCGGGCGCGUCAGUGCCUCCAUGCUGGGUGCCUGCCCCCCAACCCGCCACCUCCGAGUGGCGGCGCUAUCUCCGCAAGAAUGGCUGA